GGACAAUCGAUUGGCGUAUUUUAUUAUUUAUUUAUUUUCUGUCCUUUUAGCUGUAAACUUUUUAGAUUUUUCUUUUUAUUUUAAACUUUAUUAUUUUUUUAUCCAGCAACUAAAUCCUAAGACUGGGAUAAUCAUAAAAGCUGCACUUGAGAAUGCACGGUUAUAUUCUUUACUAGGUAAAAGAGUUCAGAGCUGCCAUGGCUAGGUGAAGUGUGACUUCUCAAAAGUUUAGAUCAGAGAUGAUACGCAGGCAAACUGUGAAAACAGAAGAUGAAAAUAUUAAAAACUGUUCCUAUUUGUUUUAAAAUAGCAUGUCUAAUUUUAUGAUUUUAUCUGAAAAUCUGAUUUUACAGUUUAUAUAUGUGUAGAUUACAGUGUCACAGACAAUAACAUCUAGUUUUAGUUUCUAUAUUAUGUCAAAUCUGAUUUUACAGUUUAUAUAUGUGUAGAUUACAGUGUCACAGACAAUAACAGCUAGUUUUAGUUUCUAUUUUAUGUAAAAUCUGAUUUUACAGUUUAUAUAUGUGUAGAUUACAGUGUCACAGCCUGUAACAAUUAGUUCAAGUUACUAUUUUAUGUAAAAUCUGAUUUUAUAGUUUAUAUAUGCAUAUAUUACUUUGUCACAGCCAAUAUGUUAGUUUAAGUUACUAUUUUAUAUAGAAAUUGAUCUUAUUAUUUAUAUGUGUAGAUUAUAGACACAGUUAUUUGGAAUCGUUCCAAAAGGAGCCUGUGUUGAGGGCAAUAAGUGAUCACAUGCUAGUUAGAUCUGAAAUUCCCGCAGUCUGACAUACACAGGAGUGUUUGUGUAUGUUUGCGUGUGUUCAACUAAAAACCCCAUUUUAUAAACGUGUAACACUGGUUAGACUUCACGUUUUCCUGAAAUGGAUCUUGAUUUUUGCUGAGAUUGUUCAGAUUGUGCUCACACUCUUUGCACAAACCGAGAAAAAAAAGAGAGAUGGCUGACAUCAGGACUUAUAAUGUGGUGAUUCUGGGAAUAGCUUUUUUACUUGUUUUUACAGCCUUCACAACCUGUGGAAAUAUAGAACAAACUGUGGUAAAAAGUCUGGAUAAUGCUACUUUCAGUGGAAGUGGGUAUCACAGCCUCGGCAUAAUAUAUGGAGUAUUUUCGUUUGCUAACUUAUUCGCUCCCUGUGUGGUAGCAGUAAUCGGACCACGGUUUACCAUGUUCUUGACUGGCAUUCUUUACAGUGGUUACAUCGCUGUAUUUAUAACUCCAUUAACCUGGUCCUUUUAUUUGACCUCUGUGCUGAUUGGGAUGGGAGCAGCUUUGCUUUGGACGGCUCAAGGGCGUUUUCUUGUACGGAAUUCGGAUGCAUCCACCAUUAACAGGAACACAGCAAUGUUUUGGGCUUUGUUGCAAUGCAGUAUGUUGUUUGGCAAUCUUUAUGUUUACAUAGACUGGAAAGGAAAAACAGACAUAUCAGACAAAGAUAGAAGAACAAUGUUUAUUGCUCUGUUGGUCGUGUCUGCACUUGGAACACUAAGUUUCCUCCUCCUGAGAAAGUCAAGUCAAGAUGAGGAAGAGGAGGAUAUUCUCUCUGAAGACGAAGGCCAGUCCUUGAUGUCGUCCCAACUAAUAUUUAAUCAGCGAGCCAGCUCUUCCAUAGAGGAGGUCAAAGCAGAUUUCAAGAACAUUUUGCACCUUUUUGGCACGAAAAGUAUAUUACUGUUAAGCUUCUCCAUGGCUUACACUGGUCUGGAGCUUUCUUUUUACAGUGGUGUGUACGGGACUUGCAUUGGAGCUACGAGGGAUUUUGGCGACGACUCCAAAGCCCUGAUCGGCAUUUCUGGCAUUUUGGUGGGAAUCGGAGAGAUCGUUGGUGGAGGGCUGUUUGGCCUUGUGUUGAAGAACAACCACUUCAGACGCACAUCAGUUGUCUUCCUUGGAAUGGUGGUGCAUUUUGUGGCCUUCUUCCUAAUCUUUCUUAACAUCCCAAAUGAUGCUCCAAUGGCUUUUGAAACCAGUCUGCAGCAUAACCCUUAUCUGACUCCAAGUGUGCCCAUUGCAAUGCUGUGCAGUUUCCUGCUUGGGCUUGGGGACAGCUGUUACAACACUCAGCUUUACAGCAUUCUGGGUUGUGUUUACACUGAACAAAGCAUUCCAGCCUUUGCUCUCUUCAAGUUUAUUCAGUCUGUUUUUGCAGCAGUGGCAUUUUUCUACAGUGGCUACCUGCUUCUGAGCUGGCAGCUCCUCAUCAUGGUCAUCUUGGGCUUCAUGGGCACACUGUGUUUCUUCGUGCUGGAGCGGAAACUGAGCGUCUCAGCCGAUCCGCCAGAAUACUAGCUCUUCUCAUUACACCGCAGUCCAUUCAGGUUCUGUAUUUGCAAAACGUGCACUGCAUUUACUGACACUAAACGCAUUAAGCAAUGAUUCUGAAGAGUAUUAUACAUUUGUGGUGUUUGACCUUUGCUUGCAGUGGUAUUGGUUUGAACAUGCUGUAUUGCUGAUUGUGAUGGGGAAACUCUACAACCUUAUAAUUUACUACGUGAUCAUUUUAUCAAACCUUAGUUAGAUUGGUCUCAGAGGUUUCAAGGCAGAUUGGCCAAAAAAAAAAAAACAGAUGCUCUGACAGUUCGCUUUGAUUCAGUUAAAAUAUGUGGCAUUGAGAGACAUUUUGAUUGGUAUGGAAAUUGUUAAAAUACUCUGUGGUCUGGCUUAUGAAGAAACCAAAUAACUACUCCAAUGUGUACUUGUUGAAUAUCCCAUUCCAGAUGUAUUACCCUUAUGCAGUUAUAAUAAGCUCCUUCUAGGAGUUCUUCUAGGAAAGCUUUCGAUGAGACUUGUGGCCAUGGGCAUUUUUGUUCAUUCAGCUACAAAUCAUUAUAGUGAGAUCAGGAACUGAUGUUUGGUGAGGAGACUUCAUUUUAUCUAAAAGGUGAACACACUUUGUUUCAAUGGAUGGGACAUUGUAAUGCUACAGUAUGCUAAGGCAUUUUAUACAAUGGUGUGUGUCCAACCGUUGGUUUGGGGAAGGAGCACAUGUGGUUGUCCACAUACGUUUGGCCAUGUCAUGUAUAUUUUCUCUUUAUCGUGUGUUGACUCAGUUAUCCGAGGUGUAAGAUAUCAUGUAAUAAGAACAUGACGAAUGUUAUUUCUUUGUUGUAGUAAGUAU